UUUCUCUCUCUCUCUCUCUCUCUCUCUCUCUAAAUAAAUAUUUAAAUAAAUAAAUAAUGAAGGUGUUGCUGCAAUAUGUUCUUGGCUUAGGGGCGUGUUUAGCAGUAGUGUGCUAUUUUGUGAAAAUCCGGUGGGUGAAUCCGUGGCGGAUCCGCCGGAGUCUUAAGGCGCAAGGGAUCGGCGGCCCCAAGCCGUCCAUCGUCUGCGGGAACCUCUGGGAGAUGCAGAGAAUCCAAGCCGUUAAAAACACCGCCACGCCUGAUAUCGACGGCGAUUACACUUCCACGCUCUUCCCUUAUUUCGACCUCUGGAGAAAGCGCUAUGGUUCCGUGUACACGUAUUCUACGGGAAAUAAGCAACACUUGUACGUGAACCAUCCGGAAUUAGUGAAGGAGAUGAACCAUUGUUCAAGUUCUCACUUAGGGAAGCCUUCUUACGUAACCAAGAGGCUCGCGCCGUUGCUCGGAAACGGCAUUUUACGAUCCAACGGUCACUUUUGGGCUCAACAACGAAAAAUUGUCGCCCCUGAGUUCUUCAUGGACAAAGUUAAGGGCAUGGUAGGAUUGAUGGUGGAGUCAACGGAGUUGUUGACCAAGAAAUGGCGCGCUUCGAUUGAGUCCGAGGUCGGGAGAGUGGCGGAGGUGAAAGCCGAGGAGGAUUUGAGGAGUGUGUCGGCGGAUGUGAUUUCAAAAGCUUGUUUUGGAAGUUCUUACAUGAAGGGGAAAGAGAUUUUUUCAAAGCUUAGAACUCUUCAAAAAGUGAUUUCUAAGCAAAGCUUUCUAUUCGAAUCCCCGGCAUUUAGGUUGAUACCGACGAGACAACAAAAGAAGAUCGAGAGUCUGGAGGAAGAGAUAGAAUCGCUAAUAUGGGAUACAGUGAGAGCGCGCGAGGGCGAAUGCCAUGAGGAAUGGAAAGACCUUUUGCAGUUGAUACUUGAGGGAGCAAUCAACAACGACAUUAACAACAACGCAUCGAAGAAGUUCAUUGUGGACAAUUGCAAGAACAUUUACUUCGCGGGGCACGAGUCCACCGCCAUCGCGGCCUCGUGGUGCCUCGUGCUCCUAGCCCUCCAUCCUGAGUGGCAAGACAAGAUACGGGCCGAGAUGGCCAAUGUUCGUGGCAAACUUGACGCAGACUCCGUCCACAAGUUGAAAACGGUAAACAUGGUGAUUCAAGAGGUUCUUAGGUUAUACCCACCGGCCGCGUUCGUGUCAAGGGAGGCCCUCCAAGACACGAAGAUCGGGCACAUAACCGUGCCGAGAGGCAUGUGCAUAUGGACACUAAUCUCAACUCUACACCGGGACACAGAUAUUUGGGGCUCGGACGCGAAUAAGUUUAACCCAGAGCGAUUCGCGAACGGGAUUUUAAGUGCUUGCAAAUUUCCACAAGUGUAUAUCCCAUUUGGGUUGGGGCCUAGGCUUUGCUUGGGAAAGCAUUUUGCCUUGACCCAACUCAAGAUUAUCGUUGCUCUUAUUGUUUCCAAGUUUAGCUUCUCGUUAUCUCCCAAGUAUAAACAUUCCCCGGCCUAUAGAAUGAUUGUAGAGCCGGGGAAAGGUGUCCAUUUGCUUAUCCGCAAAUAUGAGAAAUAAAAUUUAAAAGUGUGAUUUUAGAUUUGAUAUUUUAAAAUGAAAUAAUUGUUGGAUGUAAUAUUUUACAUACAAAAUAAAAGUGUUAAAUGUGAUA